AUGAAAGACGUGGGUGAAUUGAAGUUCUUCUUAGGCAUUGGAUUUUUCAAAUCAAGCAAGGGUAUACAUAUGUGUCAAAGAAAGUAUUCCUUGGAGCUAAUUUCUGAGCUUGUCCUAGGAGGAGCUAAAACAGCUAGAACUCCACUUGAAUGUAAUCAGAAACUUACUUCAAUAGAGUUUGAUAGAGCAUUCCACAAAGAUGCAGCUCAUGAAGAUCCAAUACUAGAAGAUGCUAGAGAGUAUCAAAGACUGGUAGGGAGACUUCUAUAUCUGACCAUGAUUAGGCCAGAUAUCUCAUUUGGAGUACAUGUGCUAAGUCAGUAUAUGCAUGCUCCAAAACAAUCCCACAUGGAGGCUGCUCUAAGGAUUGUUAGAUAUCUGGAAGCAUCACCAGGCCUGGAACUUUUAAUGCCAUCAACUGAAACUAGACAGCUACAAGCCUUCUGUAACUCUGAUUGGGGUUCAUGUCUACAGACCAGAAGAUCUGUCACUGGCUGCCUAGUGAAGUUUGGAGAGGCUUUGGUGUCUUGGAAAUUCAAGAAGCAGGAAACUGUAGCUAGAAGUUCAGCUGAAGCUGAAUUUAGAAGUAUGGUAUCAUGUGUAGCUGAAGUUACUUGGUUAACAGGGCUGUUCAAGGAACUAGGAAUUUAA